GGGCUCUUAGAUUCCCAUUACUAGUAGUCCAUCUUCGCUGAUCCUGGGAGACUGAAGGCAAAUAUACUUUCCGGGAGGCCUUUGGGGGAGGCAUGAAAGCGCCGUCACGCCUACCAUGGAGGUGCUCUUCUUCCGAGAACUCUCUCUCGGAGCUGUCGGAUUCAAAUGCCGACUGGGGAGAUCGUUCGUACCUUGCACUCUGAGGAGCUGUCGGAUGGCAUGCAGGCGGCAUGUUUCCGCUCUGCUUGUAUGUUACAAUCGGGGGCCCGUAUUGGGAGACAGGCCUCGGGCUGUAGUUAGAAGAUGUGCAAGUUUGCGUGGGUGGUCUCUGGCUGUCGUAUAGUGGAAAAGUUUGAAGUGGUCCCGGUGGGAAGUAGUUGGGAGGGGUGGCAUCCAUCAUGCCAUCUUCCUCGAUUGCCAAACUGCUUACACUCAUCUUCCUGCUAGCCGCUCCUGCUUCCGCUCCCGUGACCCGCUGCCCCCGCAAGUCUGGCACAGAAUCUCGUGAGUCUUCUCUGUGUAGUUCUAUUGUGGCAGUAACUGCUAGUGGAGAAGAUGCUGAUAUAGUAUGUGAGGAUGGUUCGGAUCCCGAACCAGCAUAAUCAAUAGCUCCCGGUGCUUGAUUU